GCCUUGACCUUUUAGGUAAUUUCACCAUUCCAUCUCCAACCAAUCUUCUCAGCCUCAUCCUGUCAUCUGGAACCUCCAAUUUCCCGUCUGCUUUCAAAGGCUCUCUCUCUCACACAAGAAAUUAUGGAGGUAACAACAUGGGAGCAAAAACUCCAAGCCCUAACCCACAUCCUAACCCACCCAACAACCUCACCAUCCCUCCACUCCCAACUCUUCAUAUCCACACAAAUCCCCUGUUACCUGAGCUGGGACUACCCACCUCUCCUCUGCUCCAAAUCCCCUACCCUCUACUGGAAAUGGGCUUUCUCUCUCUUCCUCAAAAGGGUCUCAAGAUUAGGGCUCCCUCCCACCUCUUGGAGGUCCAAGUGCCCUUACCAACUGCCCCCUCCAUUGGUUCUUGCCAAAGGAGUGGAUGAAGCUGACUGGAGUGAUGAGAAGAAGAGAGAGUAUGUUAGAAGGAGGUUGAGGAGGAAACCCCUUGGUAUUUAUGUUCAUCCUUUGAUUCAAGUUUUGGUCCCGAAUCUCUUGGCUUUGUGUGUCUUUUUUUGGAUUCCCGAUUGAUGUUAACAGGCUGUUCAAACAAAAAAUUGAUGUUUACUGAAAUUUCACUUUUUCGAAGUUUGGAA